AUGAGCUUUGCGACCAUGCUCAACAAGCUGUCUGGGCAGCCAGAGAGCUACGAGAAGAAGGCUCUCUAUAGAUUCGGACGGACACUCGGUGCAGGCACAUACGGCAUUGUUCGCGAGGCAGAUGCCGCAGACGGACAGAAGGUUGCGGUAAAGAUAAUCCUUAAGAAAAAUGUCCGCGGCAACGAGAGCAUGGUCUAUGAUGAGCUUGAGAUGCUGCAAUCACUCCAACACCCUCACAUCGUCUCCUUUGUCGACUGGUUUGAAUCUAAGGACAAAUUCUACAUCGUUACACAACUAGCCACCGGUGGCGAGUUGUUCGACCGAAUCUGCGAGUACGGAAAGUUCACAGAGAAGGAUGCGUCGCAGACCAUUCGCCAGGUCCUUGAUGCUGUGAACUAUCUGCACAAGCGUAACAUCGUUCACCGAGACUUGAAACCGGAGAAUCUCCUCUACCUCACCCGCUCUGCCGACUCUCAGCUGGUCUUGGCAGACUUUGGUAUUGCGAAGAUGCUGCACAGCCCCUCUGAGGUAUUGACCAGCAUGGCCGGCUCAUUUGGCUAUGCCGCUCCCGAAGUCAUGCUCAAGCAAGGCCACGGCAAGGCCGUUGACAUGUGGUCUCUCGGCGUUAUCACCUACACCCUCCUGUGUGGAUACUCUCCCUUCCGAUCCGAAAACUUGACCGACCUUAUCGAAGAAUGCCGGACAGGUCGCAUCAUUUUCCACGAGCGCUACUGGCGCGAUGUGUCCCAGGACGCCAAGGACUUCAUUCUUUCCCUCCUCAAUGCCGAUCCCAGCAAGCGAGUUUCCUCAGAGGAAGCCCUCAAGCACCAGUGGCUGACCGGAGAAACUGCGAGCGACCGCGACUUGCUGCCCGAGAUCCGUGCCUACAUUGCGCGCGCCCGCUUGCGCCGUGGAAUCGAGAUCGUCAAGCUUGCCAAUCGUAUCGAGUCUCUUAAGAUGCACGAGGAGGAAGACGGAGAAGAUAUUCCCAGCCCCAUGGACAUGGGAACCUCUGCAGAGCCCGCGGAAGCGUCCGAGCCCAGCAGCGAUGUCAGCCCCGCCCCUACCCCUGACGCUGCUCCAGGCCACACGAAGAAGAAGAGUCUGGGCAGCGCUGCUCGCGGUGCUAUCUUCCGUGAAGUUGUUUUGGCUAAGGUCCGUGAACAGAAGGAGAACGAGGAGCGGGAGAAGGUGGAACGUGAAGCUCGCGAGAAAGCCGGUUCUGCGUGA